CCAAAUCCCCGUUACUCGAGCACCUUGAAACACUUCUAUAGCUCCUUCGUCCUAAUCUUCCCGUACGGAAUGAUAUUCCUAUGUUGGAUCAUCCCAGUCUCGGCUAGCCAAUACGACCGCGAACGUUCAUUUGUUCACGUGGUGCUUGGAUUGAGGCUCUGGGCCUGCGAGAUCCAACUCAGCCUUGGUAGGGCUGGCUGCCGUCCAUAUUUUAUGCGCAUACGUAUUCCCACAGGAAGUUUUCGCCCUGUUCUAUCGUAUGCGUAUCUCACGAGUGCAUUACUUUUCUCGAUCACCGAGAUCGAGGUUUCGCAUAACGAGGAAUAGGAUAGAAGGCCGUUCUUACGGCCGGUUGCGAUUCCCUGUCGCAGCACUGGC